UCACCAUAGUUGUGUAUUCUACUAUUCAAUAAAAUGAGUGGACGUGGAAAAGGAGGAAAGGGUCUCGGUAAAGGAGGCGCUAAACGUCACCGCAAAGUUCUCCGUGAUAACAUCCAGGGAAUCACCAAGCCCGCCAUCCGCCGUCUGGCUCGCCGUGGCGGAGUGAAGCGUAUCUCUGGUCUGAUCUACGAGGAGACUCGCGGUGUGUUGAAGGUUUUCCUGGAGAACGUGAUCCGUGAUGCUGUCACCUACACCGAGCACGCAAAGAGGAAGACUGUGACCGCCAUGGACGUGGUUUAUGCUCUGAAGAGACAGGGAAGAACUCUUUACGGCUUCGGCGGUUAAACUCACUUCACUUUGAUAUCAAACAA